CGGGGGAUUGCAGGCAGCCCUUGUGGUUGACUGGAAAUCGAUUUCCAUCUCUCAGACACUAGUUAGAAUGGGCUGUGUGUUCUGGAAGGGGGUGGAAGUAAGGAGGAGGAGGUGCUGUGAGCAGAGUUCUUGAAGCUCCACUCCUCUGGGGAAGCCGAGCCGUGAGGGGGACUCCUGACUGAGCGGAGCGUGUGAAUUGGAAAGGAUCCUGCUAGCUGGCUAGUCCCAGUUCCUCUCCAGAAAAGCAGUUGCUCUGGCUUCAGAGAUGUGCCUAGCCUUCGCCUGCAUCACACUGCAUGCUUUAAUACGUUAUUGAAACUACAAACCCAUAUCCACAGUGGUCUCGUUGUUGACAGAUUGCAUAUUUUGAAAGCUUGAGGUAUUUUAUAAUGAAACAUGCCAUGUGGAAACUUUGAAGCAUAAAUUCUGCCAAACAUCUGAAUAAAGAAUUUCUCACCUGGUAUGUAAGAGAUCUCCUCACCACCACCAUGACAAACCAGGAAAAAUGGGUCCAUCUCAGCCCCUCAGAAUUUUCCCAGCUUCAGAAAUAUGCUGAAUAUUCUACAAAGAAAUUAAAAGACGUUCUUGAAGAAUUCCAUGGUAAUGGUGUGCUUGCAAAGUAUAAUCCUGAAGGGAAACAAGACAUUCUUAAACAAACAAUAGAUUUUGAAGGUUUCAAGCUAUUUAUGAAGACAUUCCUGGAAGCCGAGCUUCCUGAUGAUUUCACAACACACCUUUUCAUGUCAUUUAGCAACAAGUUUCCUCAUUCUAGUCCAAUGGUAAAAAGUAAGCCUGCUCUCCUCUCGGGUGGUCUGAAAAUGAAUAAAGGUGCCAUCACCUCUCCCCGUACUUCUCCAGCAAAUACGUGUUCCCCAGAAGUAAUCCACCUGAAGGAUAUUGUCUGUUACCUGUCUCUCCUUGAAAGAGGAAGACCUGAGGAUAAACUGGAGUUUAUGUUUCGCCUCUAUGACACGGAUGGAAAUGGCUUCCUGGACAGCUCGGAACUAGAAAAUAUCAUCAGUCAGAUGAUGCAUGUGGCAGAGUACCUUGAAUGGGACGUCACUGAACUUAAUCCAAUCCUUCAUGAAAUGAUGGAAGAAAUUGACUAUGAUCAUGAUGGAACAGUCUCUCUGGAGGAAUGGAUUCAAGGAGGCAUGACAACAAUUCCACUUCUUGUGCUCCUGGGCUUAGAAAAUAAUGUGAAGGAUGACGGACAGCAUGUGUGGCGACUCAAGCACUUUAACAAACCUGCCUACUGCAAUCUUUGCUUGAACAUGCUGAUCGGCGUGGGGAAGCAGGGCCUCUGCUGCUCCUUUUGCAAGUACACAGUCCAUGAGCGCUGCGUGGCUAGAGCACCUCCUUCUUGCAUCAAGACUUACGUAAAGUCCAAGAAGAACACUGAUGUGAUGCAUCAUUACUGGGUUGAAGGCAACUGCCCAACCAAGUGUGAUAAGUGCCACAAAACGGUUAAAUGUUACCAGGGCUUGACAGGACUGCAUUGUGUUUGGUGUCAGAUCACACUGCAUAAUAAAUGUGCUUCUCAUCUGAAACCUGAAUGUGACUGCGGACCUUUGAAGGACCAUAUUUUACCACCUACAACAAUUUGUCCAGUGGUACUGCAGACUCUGCCCACUUCAGGAGUUUCAGUCCCUGAGGAAAGACAAGCAACAGUGAAAAAGGAAAAGGGUGGUUUCCAGCUGUCAAACAAAGUGAUUGACAAGAACAAAAUGCAAAGAGCCAACUCUGUUACUGUGGAUGGACAAGGCCUACAGAUCACUCCUGUUCCUGGUACUCAUCCACUUUUAGUUUUUGUGAACCCCAAAAGUGGUGGGAAGCAAGGAGAACGAAUUUACAGAAAAUUCCAAUAUCUGCUAAAUCCUCGUCAGGUUUACAGUCUUGCUGGAAAUGGACCAAUGCCAGGGUUAAGCUUUUUCCGUGAUGUUCCUGAUUUCAGAGUGUUAGCCUGCGGUGGAGAUGGAACUGUGGGGUGGAUUUUGGACUGCAUAGAAAAGGCAAAUGUAGUCAAGCAUCCUCCAGUGGCUAUUCUGCCUCUCGGGACCGGCAAUGAUCUAGCAAGAUGCCUGCGAUGGGGAGGAGGUUAUGAAGGUGAGAAUCUGAUGAAAAUCUUAAAAGACAUUGAAAACAGCACAGAAAUCAUGUUGGACAGGUGGAAGUUUGAAGUCAUACCUAAUGACAAAGAUGAGAAGGGAGACCCAGUGCCUUACAGUAUCAUCAAUAAUUACUUUUCCAUUGGCGUGGAUGCUUCCAUUGCUCACAGAUUCCACAUCAUGAGAGAAAAACACCCAGAAAAAUUCAAUAGUAGAAUGAAGAACAAAUUUUGGUAUUUUGAGUUUGGCACAUCUGAAACUUUCUCAGCCACCUGCAAGAAGCUACAUGAAUCUGUAGAAAUAGAAUGUGAUGGAGUACAGAUUGAUUUAAUAAACAUCUCUCUGGAAGGAAUUGCUAUUUUGAAUAUACCAAGCAUGCAUGGAGGGUCCAAUCUUUGGGGAGAGUCUAAGAAAAGACGAAGCCAUCGCCGAACAGAGAAAAAAGGGUCUGACAAAAGGACCACGCUCACAGAUGCCAAAGAGUUGAAGUUUGCAAGUCAAGAUCUGAGCGAUCAGCUGCUGGAGGUGGUUGGCUUGGAAGGAGCUAUGGAGAUGGGGCAAAUAUACACAGGACUGAAAAGUGCUGGGCGGCGGCUGGCUCAGUGCUCCUCUGUGGUCAUCAGGACUAGCAAGUCUCUGCCAAUGCAGAUCGAUGGGGAACCAUGGAUGCAGACCCCAUGCACCAUAAAAAUUAUGCACAAGAACCAAGCCCCGAUGCUGAUGGGCCCUCCUCCAAAAACCGGGUUGUUCUGCUCUCUCAUCAAAAGAACAAGAAACCGAAGCAAGGAAUAAUCCUGUAUCUUUUCAUUCUUAGAGAUUUAAUUAGCAUAAUUGGGCCAUGGAACACUUAUGCUGGAAAUCGUUGAACAAUUUCAAGUCUCCUGCUCAUGCAAAAUCAUGGAAUUGGUUUAACAGUUUUUGUUACUGAGCUAAUGUAAAAUCCAGCUAUUAGAAAAUUUAAUGUCUCAGUUUUUAUAAGCAUCUUUGCAUGAAGAAAGCAGAAGUUUACAUGAAGUGAUACUGCCUAUUUUUGUUGCAUGCAUUCCCAUAAAUUUUUUUGUCUCCUACCCAUUCCUUCUCCAAUUUCCAUUUACUAACCUGUAAAAAAAACCUGUACAACAAAAAAAGGAAAUAUCACGGGAAAUGUGAUUCCAGUUAUUAAUAAGCACUACUUAAUAAUGCUACAAUAAUCAUAAUUGCAGAUUGCUAUACUUUUCCCUUUAGAAUCAAACAGUAUAUCAAUGAUCUUUGACCUGUGAGUUGAGGAGAAGCUUUUAAUUGAAAGGUUUUGUUAAAUAGUUGUCUACUUGCUGUAUCUAAGUAGUUUUUCUUCGACAUCUUGAUGCUUCUGAGUGGAAUUUAAGAUAUCAGGUAUAAAGUAUUCUUAUGCUAAGAAGUAGGAAGUGGUUUUUAGUUUGUUUAGUUUUGUUUUUAAUUCCAGACAUAAGUGGAAACAUAUUACUUGGCAGUAAAGUAUGUUAACAUGGCAAGCCUUAUUCCCUUCUGCAUGUGAAUUUAGAAGAAAAUUCUUAAUCACAACAGUAACCAAAUAGAUGUUUGAAACUAUGUGCCUAAUAAACUGUGUUUCCCACCAAAGAUUCAGAAAAAGAUGCUUUGAGAGAAAUGGGUUAAUGCAUAAUUAAUUAAGCAUUGUGGAGAAAAUCUAUGGUUCUAAUGUGCAAUUUUGUGAUGACUAAAACUCUGGAAGAGAGUGAACUACCCAUUAAUUAUAAUUAAAAUUCUCACUUUUCACAGACAAUAAGCCGUACAACACAAUCAAAGCUCAAUGGCUGAUUUCUUGCUUUUUUGGUCAUUUAUAAGUAUAGACGUCUGUAAUUUUUAAUGGGUCAGUUAAGUACACUUGAGAAAGUAAAUGAUUGUAUCAGUUCCUUUCUAGUAUAAAUUGAUACCUGUAAUAAUAUUGAGCUCAUUGAAGUUAAUCAUGCAUGCAUUUGCACCCUCCCCCUCACCUCCUCUACUCCCAUCUCUGUGACAUUUCAAAUAUUUAUUUGGAAAUAACGGCCUAGAUUGUUGUUAAAGUAUUUCAUGGCCUGGGUGGAUCCUCUGAUUGUUUGAAGAAAUUAUGGAAUAGUAUUUUUUAAGUGUUUCAUUAAGCCUAUGAUAUAAAAUGAAAUGCUAUUCUGAGCAGAUUUGGUAUUGUUCAUUCAUAUUGACCUGCAUCUUAUCAUUGUAUGUUUUAUGUUUUCAAACGUGCCAUAAGGAAAACAAGUGCUCGAAGUGCAUGAUUUAUUAGUUUCUCUCUCCACUCUGCAUUAAAGUACUAAUGAUUUAUCAGUUCUAUUUUUCUAUUGAUUCAUUCAUCUUUGAAUUACAAAUAACAUUUAGUGAUUCUGUUGAACAUAAUCCUGAGCAUGGAUUUAUGGAUUUCAAGUGAAAUUGCUAUAAUUUUUGUUCUUUGAUUUGAAGACUCAACUGAAUGCUGUUAUGUAAAAUGGCUACCCUCAAGCAUUGUGCUGUAAUGGAAGAUUAUGUAUAAAGCGUAUUCUUUUAGUGUUCCAGGAACAUUGGAUGGUAAAUAUCAAUCAACAAUAAGUUUAAUUGCUUUGAAAAUAAAAUCUUUUGAAUAAAUUAAGACAUAAUUUAACAUUCUCAGGAAAAUUAUCAUUACAAUUGCAAAUGUAGCAAGCAAUCACUUGCCCUUGUAUAAUAAAAAAAAAAGUUAUUUGGCAGAGCUGUAAUCAAGACCAGAAGAAAUCUCAAAGCAGUAACAAAUGCAUUACUGAUGUCAUGUUACAUAACACACACAUUGAUUUUGUGUAUCUAUGGUUACAGGUAAUAAAUAUUUUCACAUAAAUUGACAAAAUUUUCUACAAUGGGCAGGCAGGCCUUGUGUCAAGAACAUAUUCUGAAGCCACUAAUUACUUUACGUUCAGUACAACAUACCGUUAUUUCUUGGCUACCUUUUAUAGUAUAUAGUUUGAAGGCAGCAACAGUUUGUGAAUCAUUUUUAACAGUCUGUGCAAUGAAAAGCUGUUGAAUAGACAGUGGGAUGAGAGAAAUCAAACAGCCGGCCUAUCAGACUUCAAUCGUUGAAAUAAUGGGAUGCAGCUUUACUUCACUGUAGCUAUAUCAUAAUUAGUGAUGAUCGUAGUUACAUUCUCAGUCAGUAGGAUUCAUUGGUACCAAUAAUAAAUGUUCAAAUAGGAAUCAAAUUUUACUUUUCCCAACUCAUUUUCUAAAGAUACUGAUGAGCUUGCCCUUCGAGUACACUACUCCUGGGGUUUGGAAAGUAGUUUUUAAAAACCUACUUUGAUGGUUUUGAAAUCAGAGAAGGUGUUCUCCCCAUUUUUAUGACAGCUUCAAGUGAAGGAUGUAUAUUUUAAGAAAAACUCCAAACUGAAAGCUCCAUGGUAUAUAGGAAUAUUAAAUAAUGUUAGCUUUGGAAGAUGGAAACUUUUCUUAUGUGUGUGUGGGUGAGUGUUUGCGUUGUUGAGUCAACCUCUUUUAAAUACAGCAGAUGUAGUUGUACAAAGUUUUAAGUGGAUGAAGCUCUUGAGUAAAAAUUAAACGGGGAUCGCAGGGGUCAGAGGAAAAGGGGAAAAGAGAUAUGUACUUUGCUAAACAGUGCCAUACACUGAGGAGAUAAAUAGAGAUUCCAGAAUAAACCUGGAUAUCUAUGCUUCUAACAGGAAAGGAGGUGUCUGUGUAGAUCCAGGAACUUUGAAGGACAUAAA